AUGGAGCUUAACGAUGUGAUUGUAAACCAGCCCGUCGUAAUUGAUAAUGGCUCCGGAGUGAUCAAAGCCGGUUUUGCUGGCGAUCAGAUACCAAAAUGCAGAUUCCCCAAUUACAUCGGACGACCGAAACACGUGAGAGUGAUGGCUGGAGCGCUAGAAGGGGAACUCUUCGUCGGUCCCAGGGCUGAGGAGCAUCGAGGACUCCUGAGCAUCAAGUAUCCCAUGGAACACGGCAUCGUCACCGACUGGAAUGAUAUGGAAAGAGUGUGGAAUUAUAUUUAUAGCAAGGAUCAACUAUCAACAUUCUCCGAAGAGCAUCCAGUUUUGCUGACCGAAGCACCUUUAAACCCCAGACGGAAUAGGGAAAAAGCAGCCGAAGUAUUUUUUGAAACCUUCAAUGUACCAGCAUUGUUCCUGUCCAUGCAAGCAGUGCUUAGCUUAUACGCGACCGGUCGUACGACGGGUGUAGUGUUGGACUCCGGUGACGGGGUCACGCAUUCAGUUCCCAUCUACGAAGGUUUUGCGAUGCCACACAGCAUCAUGAGGGUCGAUGUCGCCGGCAGGGAUGUUACUAGAUACCUCAGACUACUGCUCCGCAAAGAAGGGGUCAACCUUCGCACCUCAGCUGAGCUGGAGAUCGUGAAGUCGAUCAAAGAGAGGGCCUGCUACCUCUCUCCGAACCCUCUGAAAGAGGAAACGCUGGAAACUGAGAGGGCACAGUAUACACUCCCUGACGGUACCGGAUUGGAGAUUGGUCCAGCCCGGUUCCGCGCCCCCGAGGUCCUUUUCCGGCCUGAUCUCAUCGGCGAAGAGAGUGAAGGUCUACAUGAAGUUUUAAUGUUUGCCAUACAAAAAUCCGAUAUGGAUUUGCGCAAAGUAUUAUAUCAGAAUAUAGUACUCAGCGGUGGCAGCACCCUCUUCAGAGGCUUUGGAGAUCGCCUUUUAGCCGAAAUUAGGAGACUAGCGCCUAAAGACAUGAAGAUUAGGAUCUCAGCACCUCAAGAGCGUCUCUACUCCACAUGGAUAGGGGGUUCGAUUCUUGCUUCACUCGAUACAUUCCGUAAAAUGUGGGUCUCGAAAAGAGAGUAUGACGAGGAAGGACACAGAGCAGUACAUCGCAAGACAUUCUAG